ACAUUUGUAGUUCAGUACAAGUGUUUAAAAUAGGAAUAAAACUGGCUUAAUUGAUAUUCAGUGUUAAUAUUUUCCUAAUGCAGGUUAGCUGAGAAGGAUAUCAUCUCAGUAUGGACGCGUCUCUGUUUCUGGUGAACAGGUAUCUUGGAGAUGAAGAAGAUGGGAGCGUCUCAAAGGAGUCUCGGUCUCAGGCGUUGCUGGCUAAACUGCAGCAGAAGGCGAAAGAGAAGCAGAAACAGAGUGUGACAGAAGAACUGAGACAACACACAGAAAGUCUACGUGUCAAAAAGAAAAGAAAAGCUGACAACGAUCAAGAGAAACAACAACACAAAAAAAAGAAAUUGGACAUUUUGGACACUGAUAACCACGAUGAGCCUGUCCAGGAGAAAAAGAAAAAGAAGAAGAAAGAAAGAAAUGAGAAACAGAAGAAGAAGGAUCAGUCAGGUGGUGAAGGUGAAGAUCUUACACACACUCCUGUGACUGCAGGAGAUGGACAAGAAGACACAGGAGCAGAGGACAAGGCGGAGACAGAAAAUGACAAACCAGAAGAACCCACAGAGAAGACUCCUGCUCCCACUGGGUUCACUGUUCUGGGAGGAUUUGAGAACAAACCCAUCCAGAAGGUGCACAGAGUGCUGCCUCAGUGGUUGGCUCAGCCUGAUGUCAUUCACAGAGACAUCAAAAGCAACCUGGUCCCGGUCUGUGACGUCACAGGCCUGUGUCCCCCGCUGCUGAAGAAACUACAGCAUCAUGGAAUCCAGCACGUCUUUCCAGUGCAGGCAGAGGUCAUCCCGGCCAUCUUGGAGAGCGGUCAGCAGGGGCUGCUGAUUGGACGAGGAGGCUACAAGCCCAGAGAUAUUUGUGUUUCUGCUCCAACAGGCAGCGGCAAAACUCUGGCAUUUGUCUUACCUGUCAUACAGGUGCUGAUGCAGCGGGUGGUGUGUGAAGUCCGGGCUUUGGCUGUGUUACCAACCAAAGAGCUCGCCCAGCAGGUUUGUAAAGUGUUCACAUCGUACGCUGAGGGAACCUCUCUGAAGGUGGUGAUGCUGGCAGGUCAAAGGUCAUUCGCAGCAGAGCAGGCGUCACUGUCUGAACUCAGAGGAGGCGCGAGACGCAGUUUAGCCGAUAUCGUCGUGGCAACGCCGGGUCGACUGGUCGAUCACAUCAACAAGAAUUCAGGUUUAUCUCUGGAACAUCUCAGGUUCCUGAUUAUAGACGAGGCCGACAGGAUGAUUGACAGCAUGCACCAGUCGUGGCUCAGUCAGGUAAUGAAGGCGGUGUACAAAUCUGGACCAGAGGACAAGUCCAUCUUCAGGAGGACUCAGCCGGCUCACAUCACAGCAGCGAGUCUGUCUCCUCCUCACAUGCCGCUGCAGAAGCUGCUGUUCUCUGCCACGCUCACACAGAACCCAGAGAAGCUGCAGCAGCUGGGCCUCCACCAGCCCCGCCUCUUCAGCUCCAUCCACAGCUGCUCCAACAACAACAACAACACCUCCACACCGUCAGCCGCCCAGAAACACGACCGCUUCGACUUCCCGCAAGGCCUGACGGAGUUUUACGUUCCUUGUACGCUGAGCAAAAAGCCUCUCCUCAUCCUCCACUUCAUCCUGCGCUUGAAGCUCAACCCCAUCCUCUGUUUCACCAACUCCAGAGAGACAGCUCACAGACUUUACCUGCUGGUGAAGCUCUUCGGAGGAGUUCAGGCUGCUGAGUUCUCAUCCCGACUCUCUCCUGGAGAGAGGAAGAAGACGCUGAAGGAGUUUGAACAGGGGAAGAUCCAACUGUUGAUCAGCACCGAUGCAGCCGCCAGAGGCAUCGACAUCGACGGAGUCAAAUGCGUCGUGAACUACGACGCGCCGCAGUACAUCAGGACCUACAUUCACAGGAUCGGUAGAACGGCGAGAGCGGGGAAAGCAGGCCUGGCCUUCACCUUUCUGCUGGGGGUGCAGGAGAAGAACUUCCGUCAGAUGGUGGUGGAAGCGGGAAGCCCCGGAAUCCAGAAGCAGAUCAUCAAACCCGACAACCUGAAGAGUUUGGAAGAGCGAUACGGACACACGCUGCAGGAGCUGGCUAACGUCAUCAAGGAUGAAAAAGCAAAGUAAGCUGUGAGCUGACCUCUGUGCCUCAUGAAGAUCACAUUUAACUGUUGAGUUAUUUGUUUUUCAAUAAAACAUAAACUCUA